AUGUUCUUCCUUUAUCAUUCCUUAUAUAUUCAUAUCUUAUUUUGGGCUUCUAGGCGCAUUAUUAACUGGCGAUUUGUGUCACGUGUCGAACAGCAAAUGUGCUACUUUCUUGAAGGCUUUAAUGAUCUCGUGCCAUUAGAAACACUUCAGAUCUUCGAUGCUAAUGAGCUUGAACUGCUGAUAUGUGGCCUACAGGAUAUCAAUGUCAAUGACUGGAAGGCAAAUACUCUUUACAAAGGCGACUUCCAUGCCAAUCACCCUGUUAUUGUCAAUUUUUGGAAGGCCGUGUAUACUUUUACAAAUGAGUUGCGCAGUCGACUACUCCAAUUUGUCACGGGUACCUCUCGGGUCCCAAUGAACGGUUUCUCGGAACUGUGGGGCUCAACAGGACCGCAAAAAUUCACAAUUGAGUGUUGGGGCACGCCUAUGCAAUUACCGAGAGCCCACACUUGCUGA